GUUGAUACUUGGGAGCACUGCUUAUGGUCUGAAUUGGUCUUUGCCGCAAACCAGGCAAUGGCUGCUUUGGUUUGCUGUGGCCCAAUCUACGACCCUGUUGCCCUCCUAUCGAAUGCAUUCGUCACCUACGGGCAUGCUGGGAGCUCUUCAUGUGUUGGUCCAACGGCUUCUUCUGGUAGUCAAAUUGCCUCAGGAACCUGGCUCAUCUCGCACGUUCCUACUUCAAUUGACUGUAGCGCUGCAAUAAGUAUCGGUACCGGUGCUGGUUUAUCUAUCUCUUGUUUACCUACUAGCUUCAGUGGCACUGGUUCUACAUCUGGCCUCAUUUCCACUGGCUACGUGCUGCGCUGGUUGGCUGGGUUGUUGUCAGCUCGGGACGCUCUCCUCGACUCCAGUCCUUGGCUUUGGCGAUGCCCUGUUGUUGGAAUGGGCCUCCUAGCCGAGUCAUUUGCUCAAGAAGCAACUUCAGCUGCUGUUGGGGCUGGCAGCUUCAUGCGUUCCCCCGUAAUCGCUUACGGAGGUGGACGGAGAUUGGACACCCUCAUCCGUCAGCUUGGAGAAGAAACGCUUGUGUUAUUACUAGAAUUAAAUCCGGGACUACCGGGGCUCCUCGAGUGGGUUGUAGACAAAUGCUAUACAGCCGCUAAUCCCGCCCUCACAGAGGCUUGCUUCGUAGCCGUCUUUCGUAUUCUUACACACAACAUGAAUUAUCCUUGUGAUUCAACAAGCCUGCUUACCCUUUCUCUGGUCUUCAUGGAGCAUUCAAAAUUACUGCUUAGAGAACGGGCUUUCUACUUAUUUCAAUUGCUUUACUAUCGUUUCAUUGUUAAGUCUCUUCUCGUGCAACAUGAUGCCAUCCAUCGUGGGACACCUAGUGACCAACCUCAUAACAAAAAAAGAGACUCGGCCGCUGCUUCAUCUGGUGAUGUUCCUUCCUCUCAUGAAAUGCAUGCAGCCACCCAGAAUACGGCCCAAGGAAUCCGAAUGUGUUCUUUUGGUAAAAAAGAUGGUCAAAUGGAGCCGUGUUCAGAGCUCUGUCAUCAAGUAGCUGUUAAUCUGCAAUUUUGGCGCUGUCUCUCAGCUAGCUGGACCCUUGUAGAUGUUUCUCGUCAGUUUGCCGCUCAGCAUCCCGAGUACACACUAUUCGUCUUCUCAGGUUUGUAG